AACCGCAGCUGGUCCAAUUUCCAAACUCACCCACCAGCGUCCAGACACCCACUCCAUUCCCAAAAAGCUUCUUCAUCUCCUUCAUCUUCCUGCUUGAUCGCUCGUCCUCUGUGAAUUCCCUAUAAAUUCUAUAUCUAUUCUCUAUCAAUUAGUACCCAAAAAUGGCUUUGAGGAAUAGGAAAUUUUGUCAGGGUACGAUAAUGGAAGGGUUAAUCGGGUGGUCUCGAUUCUACAGUUCGAAUUCGAAGGUGGACUUGAAGAAACUGAGACCAAUGAUUCUGAAGAGGAUUGAGAAUAGGUCAAAGGACUACCCAGUGAAAGCCAUGGUCCCUGUUGCGCAAGAUGUCCUCAAGGCCAGAGCUCUCCUCAUCCAAGGCGUCUCCACUCUCCUCCAACUCAUCCCCGUCUUGUCCUGCAAAUUUUGUCCAGAAGUAUAUAUUGGUGAGCAAGGCCAUCUAAUUCGGACUUGCUGUGGUUACAGGCGUCACGCCAAGCACCACAUUCAUGAAUGGAUCAACGGGAGACUGAGUGACAUUCUUGUCCCUGUAGAAACUUUUCACCUAGAUAAAAUGUUCCAAGGUGUAAUUAGACACAACCAAAGAUUUGAUUUUGAUCGUGUCCCCGCAGUUCUUGAGCUUUGCUGGCAGGCAGGGGCUGAUCCAUAUGAUGACAGUCUAAACCCUAGUUGGAAUUUGGAGAGUGUUGGAGGUGGAGCCACUGGUGCUGAAUAUUUGUCUCCAGAUGAUCUUAGAUUGGUAGCCAUUGGAACUUUGAAGGCCUGGGAGUUGGUUAGGUCUGGGGUGCAAAAGCUAUUGAUGGUUUAUCCGGCAAAGGUUUGUAAGUACUGCGGUGAAGUUCAUGUGGGGCCAUCUGGACACAAAGCUCGGCUUUGUGGGGUGUUUAAGUUUGAGAGUUGGCGUGGGACCCACGUUUGGAAGAAGGCAGAGGUGGAUGAUUUGGUCCCUCCGAAGAUCGUAUGGUACAGACGGCCUCAAGAUCCUCCAGUUCUUCUGGAUGAAGGACGAGAGUUUUAUGGGCAUGCCCCGGCAGUGUUGGAUCUGUGUGUAAAGGCUGGUGCUGUUGCGCCAUCCAAAUAUUUCUGUAUGAUGAAAGUGCAAGGUUUAACAGCACCUGUUUUGAGUUAAACCUGGAUGCUUUAGUAUUUGUUUUUGUCAGCGAGGUUGGUUUCGUGAUACUCAGCACAAAAUGAGGAGACCUCACAAUUUCUCCUUCAAACUGGAGCUCGCUCAACUCACUUUUUCACAAGGCUGAAAGGUGUUGUGGUACAUCUCAGUAAGCGAUGCACUAUCUUUGCAUUUAAUUAGAAAAUAUAAUCGUACAUGUUGAUCUUUAUUGUAUUGUUUUUUCUUUUUUAACAAUAACACUAAAUUGAGUUCACAAUUUUUACUUUGUAUACAUGUAUUUUAAUUGUCUCUGGUCUGGGCCAUUGUUCUGUUUCUGUGAGACGGAAUUUAUUGUGCUGAUCUUUCUCCCAGAUAUUGAAUUAUUUAAUAAAUCUGAGGAUGUUCACAAUGGUUAUUUAUUUA